AUGUCUUCUUCAUCUGCUUUUACACCGGACCACCACCACCUCUCUCCUUCGGAGCAGCUAUGUUACGUCCAUUGCAACUUUUGUGACACUGUCCUCGCGGUGAGUGUUCCUUGCACGAUUUUGUUCAAGACUGUGACAGUGCGAUGCGGCCAUUGCACCAACCUUUUGUCUGUGAACAUGCGUGGUCUGCUUCUUCCCACAUCAAAUCAGCUUCAUUUUGGACACUCGUUCUUCUCUCCACAGAAUCUUCUGGAGGAGAUUCGGAACUCGCCAUCCAACGUGUCGAUCAAUCAGCCCAAUCCGAACGAGUCUCUGAAUCCAGUUCGAGGAAUAGAUGAGCUUCCAAAGCCUCCAGUUGCUAACAGACCCCCGGAGAAGCGACAGAGAGUGCCAUCUGCUUACAACCGGUUUAUCAAAGACGAGAUCCAACGUAUCAAAGCAGGAAACCCAGAUAUAAGCCAUAGGGAAGCCUUCAGCGCUGCUGCAAAGAAUUGGGCCCAUUUCCCACACAUUCACUUUGGACUUAUGCCUGAUCAACCCGUGAAGAAACCUAAUGUGUGCCAACAGGAAGGAGAUGAUGUUCUGAUGAAAGAUGGGUUUCUUGCUCCUGCCAACGUGGGGUUUAAUGUUAUGCUUUCUUUCAAGGAGACUGGUUAUAGUUUCUUAGCUUCAAAUGCUUGUGGUGGGAGAGGAUUUUGA